CCUCUUUACCUCAAGACAUGAAUUUCAGAGCUUGUAAUCAACUAACGCUUUCAUCAAGAGGACCUCUUUCGUUUAGCUCACUUGAUGUGGCCAAUUUUGAUUCGGGUGCCACUCUAUUCAUUUCUAUAUCACACAAAUGAGAAGGAUUUAACAGGCCUUUUCUGUCCAGACUCCAGACAUUUUCAGGCUAUCUGCUUCUUGAAGGAGAUAUAGAAAAGGAUUGAGAAUAUGUCUGGAUGCAGUAAAUCACCUAAAAAUGAUCAACAUUCAAUCAAAUAUAGAGGGAAUCAACAUAAGGGGGCACCCUUUGAGGCUGAUCUUUCUUGUGUAGAUUAUUCGCCUUCUCUUUCCAAUAAAGAGAAUAAACAAUGCUACGAAAGAUCUCAACUGAAGUCCCGUGAGAUACUGAGCACACCUCAGCUCAUCUCUGCAAUAGGCCAGAUAUGGGAUUCUGCAAGUCGCCCACUUUCAUUUUUACUCUCGAAGGAAAAGGUGAACCGAGAUGAUAAAGGAUUCCCAAAAGAGAAAAUUUUGGAUAGCAUUGAUGAGAAAAGGAAUGGCUUGGUAUAUACUUCAAAUUACACUACUUACUAUCCUGUUAAUAUGGGGGAUACUGGAUAUGGUUCACAGAUAGUGCAGGAAAAAAUGGAUUUUCCCAAGGUAAAACAGAUGUUAGCCCUUGAGUCUUCUAAUGAAAGCCAAAAAUUUGUUCAUUCUUUAUUCCAGAGAUUUUUGCAGGCAAGUGAUAACAAUUCAGGAAAUGCUCAUAAGGGACUAAACUAUCAUGCAAAGGUUACUGAGCCUGAGAACCUGAAAACUAAUUCUCCUGAGGCUGGGGGCUGCUUUUCAAUAGAUACAAGCACCCCUGCUUUGGCUAAUGAGAGUGAUGUGUGCGGCCCUGAUUUAAUUGUACAUGAAGGUCGACCAUUAUCUAAUGAUGUGAUUCUGGACACAAGAAAAGUUAGCCCUCUGUGUUCAGACUAUGUUAUUCAACCUGUACCUUAUUCUGACACAGAUGUUGGUGCUUGUCAUACCCUAUCUUCUAGUGUCAAUGCGGACUAUCAUAUUAACUCUUCAUCCACCUGUAAUAGCACUUCUGUGCAGUGCCAACAUGAGAUUGAUAAUAAUGAAUUGAUGGAAAUCCAAAGAAGACAGUUCUCAGAUGUAACUGAUGAUGAACCUAAGGUACAGAUCUUUUCCACAACCCAUCAAAAGCCUGGUUAUUCCCUUGCCAAGCAAGAACAUGCUGUUUCUGGGGCAUUGGCUGGUAUAUGUGUCAGCCUAUGUCUGCAUCCCAUUGACACAAUAAAGACAGUCAUUCAAUCAUGUCAUGCUGAACAGAGGUCCCUCUUUUACAUUGGCAAAUCAAUUGUUUCUGAUAGAGGUUUGCCUGGACUAUAUCGUGGAAUUACUACAAACAUUGCAUGUUCAGCUCCAAUUUCUGCAGUUUAUACUUUCACCUAUGAGUCAGUUAAAGCAGCUUUGCUUCCUUAUCUUCCUAAGGAGUAUUAUUCUUUUGCCCAUUGUGUGGGAGGUGGUUGUGCAAGCAUUGCCACCUCUUUCAUUUUUACUCCUAGCGAGCGAGUAAAGCAGCAGAUGCAAGUUGGGUCUCAUUAUCGCAACUGCUGGGAGGGAUUGAUUGGAAUUAUCAGAAACGGUGGUUUUCCCUCCCUGUAUGCAGGCUGGGGAGCUGUACUGUGCCGGAAUGUUCCACAUUCAAUUAUCAAGUUUUACACGUACGAAAGCAUGAAGCAAGUGAUGCCAUCUAGCAUUCAACCUAACAUGUUUCAGACUUUAGUAUGUGGAGGAUUAGCUGGAUCUACUGCUGCUUUAUUCACAACUCCAUUUGAUGUGAUCAAGACUAGAUUACAGACACAGAUUCCUGGAUCUAGAAAUCAAUAUGAUAGCGUGCUUCAUGCUCUUUACAAAAUUAGCAAGAGUGAAGGUUUGAAGGGUCUGUACAGGGGGUUGAUGCCACGGUUGAUUAUGUACAUGUCUCAAGGAUCACUGUUCUUUGCUUCAUAUGAAUUUUUCAAGAGAGUAUUUUCUCUGGAAGCGUCACAUCCCACUGGUUUAUACAUCCAGGACGAUGACAAUAAUGUUGAGGACAACAGAAACUUAGAAUUAACAAAUCCAUAAUCAGGAAGCAUCCCCAAGUCAUGAACUGUAUAUUUAAUGCAUUUAUAAUUGCUCCAUUGGCGGAGCCAAGCCCAGAGGUUCGAGGGAGCAUUAGUAAUUAUAAAAACGAUAUAAAUAUAUUAAAAAUGUAACACCCUCUCCCUCUCUUCCCCCCCCCCCUAUAUAUAUAUAUAUAUAUGGGAAAAACGUUUCUCCGGUAACUUGAGAUAAGUUUAUCUUCGGCCAUCCCAAAACUAU